AUGCUUGAAUCUCGCCGUUUAAUUUUUUAUAUACUUUCACGACAAAAAACAACAGGGUAUCCAAUUUUUGAUAAGCUUUUUUGUAAGAAUAAGAACUCAGUGUCAUUGUAUAUUAAGUUCUAUUUGGAACAUAUGUCGAGUGACGGCAUUCCUUAUGAUACUAAAAAAAUAUACAUAUCGUCAGCGAUUUCUCUUUUUCUAUCGUAUAUAACAAAUAAAAACAAAAACAAUACCAAAUACAUAAUUGAAGAUUCUGAACUAAUCAGAAUUUUUUAA